CGAAACAGCAAGCGAUGCAAGGCGUCUUUGUCUCUCUUGCAAACUCUCAUACCCGACUCCGCACGAAAACACGACACGAAUUGGAAUACCUCGAGCGCCAAUAUGGAGAGCGAAGCAACGUCACGUCCCCAAAGCGCCGCUGGCCCGACAGAGACCACAGCACUGCUCGCUCCCCAAGCAGAUGCUGCGGCAAGUCCGCAGGGCGGAGAGCACGUCGCAGCUCACGCGGCUGAUCCCGACGACACGACAGACAGCAGACCGCGAUUGAGCACAGACCGACUUCUUCACAUCGUGAGAGGCUUGACCUGGGUUUCACUCCUCCUCGCUGUGAUACUGAUUGGUCUGGCAAUUGUGAUCCUCGUUCUCGUCAGCAAUGCGCCCGAGCCUUUCAUGGCACGGUGGCAGCUCAUGAAGAACCUGGACACGGUGACCAUAUACACCGUCGUUCUCUGCAUCAUAGACAUCUGGGCCCUCCGCCGCCGUGUUGGCGGAGCUUGGGAGUCUUGGGCUGUGCUUUUCACUCUUCUGGCCGAUGGAUUCACUGCAUUGUUUGUCUUAAACGCAGCGGGCGAGUCCGUGAGCUUCAUUCCCAACCAGAGCUGGUGUGGCUCCUGGCACGACGGCCACUAUAGUGGGGCUAGGUGCCAACCCUUCGAGGAUGUCUUUGAUGGUGUUGCGUCAACAUGGGCUGUCCUUGCUCUACUUUUUGCAUUGAGCCAUUCUGCCCUCUUCGUAUUCCGCGUUUUGUACCUCGUCCGCACGCAUCACACUACCCGCUUCAUCACAUACGAGGGCGGCGCAGCCAGUGAAACCCUCACAAGCCUCAGCUUCACGCUUGGUCCGUUUGGCUUCGACUUCCGUUUCAGCAUCCGGCACCGCAAUAGGGAUGUACCCGCGGGUGCUGUGCGUGAGGAUCAGGUUGUUCACGGUGAUGCUGUUCGCAGUGAAGGGGCUUCCGUCAAUGCGUGAGAGAACCAGCUAGGCGACAAUUCGCGAGACCUUGUUGCUCUUGGCGUCAAAUGAGGUGGGUGAAGUCGGGAUAAGUAAGUGGACAUCAUUGUCAGGCUUGCCCGGUAGUCUGCAGCUCAAGAGUCAUAAGAACACUCUACGAUAUUAUACACUCUCUUUGGUGG